GAUCAUUUCCUUUUGAAGGAAGGUUGCCUGAGGGUAGGAGAAGGUUAUUUGUAUUUUUGAUACCACACAAACUUGCAUGAUCGAUAUAAUUAGCGAGUAGGGGCAUACAAAAACAGAAUUUAAGAAGUUACAAAAAAGGACUUUUGGUCGGCUUGAGCUUUCGGAUACUUUUCUGUUAAUUACACUCCGCGGGUUUACAAAACUGGGACAAAGGACCCUCAAGGAGAUACCGAAGAUUGGAAAAAAAAGGAAUGCCAAGGCUUCCCUAGCAACUUUUGAUAAAUACAACCACAGACGGUUUAAAGGAUCCGGAAGAUUGCCUUUUGUUUAGAAGUAUAACCUAGAACAGAAACUAACUUUUGAAGUUAUGCUACUGUGAGUACAUUUAGGGCAUUAAGUACCAGUCUAACAUUGAAAAAAUGCACGUGGGCAAAGCAUACUUCUACGCCAGCCACCCGGCGUUGUUUCCUCAUGUGUUCCUGAUUCCCGCUCCAUUUCCCUCCCCCGGAGCACAAAGAGUUAAACUAGUUCCCUCCCUAGUUGGAGGGAAGGCCAGGGGGGCGGGAGGAGAAGCAAACUGUCUCAGGCUAGGUACCUUGUAGCUGCAAGUUCGAAAUCUGUCAUCCUCGCUUUAGACUUUGGCAUCUCCCAUUGUCACCAGUGAGUAAUGAUUACAGAGAGAUAAGAUCGCUCAGCAGGGUUGGGCGGAAUCUGAGAAAAGACUUUUAACCACUUCAAUCGUUCUCUUGCCGGAGCCCUCACUUUAGCGUCUGGGUUAAAGAAAGGAGCCACAAGAUCUCUGCAGCUCGCUCGCUUCCGAACCUCCAAGCCUGAUAAAACAUCUGGGACAAGGGUGGCGAUUGUCAACAAUGGGAAAGGGAGACCUUGGUGGCGAUCCUUAAAACAAUACCAUGCAGCAGGAGCCCAGCUACUACUGUACCAGCUUUUUCUCUUUUCACCUUCCUGACCCGGUGGGAUUUGGAUGAACUAACUCGGAGAUUUCACCAACAGGUAUUUAUGGCUGGAAUUCGAUUUGGACUCUAAGGCUGACAUUCUACACGAGGUUUUGAUUAGAAUCCAUAGAAUGUCAAGGUGCCAGGCACAUUCAGCUAAAUAACAGAACUGGCAAACCUUCUUUUGGUGAUUGUAAAAAAAAAUAGCUGGAAAGGAACUUUGAAGAUGAUUCUAUACAUCUUUCAUGUAUACAUAUGACUUGCCCAUCAAGGUCAAAUAAUUAUGUGUACUUCUCAUCUUGUGUUCUACUUCUUAUGUGCUAUUUUCUAUCUUCUAUCAUGCCCUGGAAAACUGUAAAAUCUUCUCACCGAAAUCUACAUUAAAUGUAAAAGGGAGUAAGUAUAACUAACUAUACAAGAAGACUAAGUUAAUAAAAAAAAAAUACAAGCUGUUCAGAUAAUUAUCCAGAUAUCAAGUUAGUCUGUAUGUAUUAUAUACACAUAUAUGCAUAUAUAAAUGCAUGUAUGUAGGUUGGAGCACCUUAGAAAGUGAGUUAAUAAGUAUGGCCCAGAUUUCAUCUAUAUAAUAUUUGGAAAAUUGUGUAGAGCCUUUUGAUAUCACAAACUGCUUAGUGCUAGGAAAAGACCAUUUUGGAAAAAAAUAAUUUUUCAUAUUAAGUGCCAGAAGUCCAUCUCUAGUGGAGAAGGAAAUGUUCUGUUUUAUUUCCAUGGAGCAUAAAUUGAGGUUGGAGAGGGGUGGUAUUGACUCAAGUUAUUUAAUACUAUUUCUUUUGUGUUGCUACAACCUAAGUCAUUAAAUUCUUCAAUUAAUUUGAAGUGACCAAGAGAAUUGGCUGGGAAUUUCAGGGACAUCUGUUACAAUCCUAGCUGGGUCAAAGUGAUCCUAUCUGAAAAUGGUUAAGUCUCAAAUGGCAGAGUCCAUUUAACUUUAAGUGGUUUAAUAACCUUUAAAAUGGUUAUUCAAAGGUAGCUGCUCAAAUGUUUGGGCAAUAUCUGACCUCUUACAUGAGUUCAUAAUCAACUGGCACCAAGAGAAGAAGUCUGGAUUUUUGAAACUGAGCCACGUGAUUCUGGUAAGAAGCAGAUGAAUAAUAAGGCCUCAGACCUAUACAGAUUAGUGUUUUACUCAGAUGAUAAAUAUGAAAUGCAGUUUUCCAGUUUCCUGAGUUUAUUUAGAGAAGAAACAUAGAAGCAUUUCAGGAAACUAAGUUUUGGUUAUUAGGUGUUUCAGACAAGAUGGAGAUAUAAUUGAAUCAAUAUAGAAAAUAUCCUGAUUUUUAUAGCUUAAUUCUUUUUUGAAAUUACAGGACUAUGAAAACCUAUACAACCUACAAAUCUAAUAGUUUAGGAGAACUUCUACCUUUAUCUGCAUAUUUGAAAACAAGAUCAAGAAUUGAGCUAAACUGAAGUGCUCACAGGCUGAACCACGUUGACCUGAGCUCCAACAGAAGACAGAAGCCUUGCAAGUCCAUUGCGGUUCCUGUGGUAGUGAACAGGUAGUAUUACCUGUUACCUAUUAGGGAAAAAAAAAAUCCAUCUACUGCAUUUUAGUGCACAUGGAGGAAGGCAGUAAAGAAGGCAACCCAAGAAGGAUAAUAAGACUGGGACUUUCCUAGCUAAUUAUCAGAAAACAGCACCAAGAGGAUUGUUUUACUGUUCUCCUUCAGGACUUUACUCUUGUUUGAGUGUUGGACGCUAAAGGAACCAUUUUUCUGCCUUUUCAGUUUUGCCACCUGCCUUUAUUACUUUCCACUCCCCAGCCCUCUGUAUUUUGUUUCUUUACUUCAGAGAUGGGCCUAAAGACUACAAAGUGGCCUAGCCACAGGGCUUUGCUUUUGAAAUCUUGGGUUAUCAUUUCCCUGGGGCUCUCCAUGCAGGUUUCUAAAAACAUGGCGUGUCCUAGUGUGUGCCGCUGUGAUCGGAACUUUGUCUACUGUAAUGAGCGAAGCUUGACCUCAGUGCCUCUUGGGAUACCGGAGGGCGUAACCGUACUCUACCUCCACAAUAACCAAAUUAAUAAUGCUGGAUUUCCUGCAGAACUGCACAACGUACAGUCGGUGCACACAGUCUACCUGUAUGGCAACCAACUGGAUGAAUUCCCCAUGAACCUACCCAAGAAUGUUAGGGUUCUACACCUACAGGAAAAUAACAUUCAGACCAUUUCUCGGGCAGCUCUUGCCCAACUUUUGAAGUUGGAAGAGCUACACUUGGAUGACAACUCCAUCUCUACAGUAGGUGUGGAAGAUGGGGCAUUCCGAGAAGCUGUAAGUCUCAAGCUGUUGUUUCUGUCUAAGAACCAUCUGAGCAGUGUGCCUGUGGGCCUCCCUGUGGAUUUACAAGAACUGAGGGUAGAUGAAAAUCGAAUUGCUGUUAUAUCGGACAUGGCCUUUCAGAAUCUCACAAGUUUGGAGCGUCUGAUUGUGGAUGGCAAUCUCCUUACCAAUAAAGGCAUUGCUGAGGGGACUUUCAGCCACCUCUCAAAGCUCAAGGAAUUUUCUAUUGUGCGGAAUUCACUGUCCCACCCUCCACCUGAUCUCCCAGGUACGCAUCUGGUCAAGCUUUACUUACAGGAUAACCAGAUAAACCAUAUCCCUUUGACAGCAUUUUCCAAUCUCCACAAGUUAGAACGGCUGGAUAUUUCCAAUAAUCAGCUGCGGAUGCUGGCUCAAGGGGUCUUUGAUAAUCUUUCCAACCUGAAGCAGCUCACUGCACGGAAUAAUCCUUGGUUUUGUGACUGCGGUAUUAAAUGGGUCACAGAAUGGCUCAAAUUCAUUCCUUCAUCUCUUAAUGUACGUGGUUUUAUGUGCCAGGGACCAGAACAGGUCAGGGGCAUGGCUGUCAGGGAGCUGAAUAUGAAUCUGUUGUCAUGCCCUACCACUACACCUGGAUUAUCUCUCAUUACCCCACCUCCAAGUAUUGUUCCUCCAACCACACAGAUUCCCACUCAAUCUCCAGCCACCCCUAGCAGAAAUUAUACUCCUCUGACAUCCACUAUAUCUAAAUUCCUCCCCACUGUGCCUGACUGGGAUGACAGAGAAAGAGUGACCCCUCCCAUUUCCGAACGGAUCCAACUCUCAGUCCAUGCUGUGAAUGACACUUCCAUUCAAGUCAGUUGGCUUUCUCUCUUUACUGUGAUGGCAUAUAAACUCACCUGGGUGAAAAUGGGUCACAGCCUGGUAGGGGGCAUUGUUCAAGAACGGAUAGUCAGUGGUGAGAAACAGCAUAUGAGUCUGAUCAAUUUAGAGCCCAAAUCUACCUAUCGGGUUUGCUUAGUGCCAUUGGAUGCUUUUAAUUACCGAGCUGGAGAAGAUACCAUUUGUUCUGAGGCUAGCACUCAUGCCUCCCAUUUAAACAAUGGCAGUAAUACAGCUUCCAGCCAUGAACAGACAACUUCUCACAACAUGGGUUCCCCCUUUCUUCUGGCAGGUUUGAUUGGGGGUGCAGUGAUAUUUGUGCUGGUGGUUUUGCUCAGCAUUUUUUGCUGGCACAUGCACAAAAAGGGGCGCUACACCUCUCAGAAGUGGAAAUAUAAUCGAGGCCGACGGAAAGAUGACUACUGUGAAGCAGGCACCAAGAAGGACAACUCCAUCCUGGAGAUGACAGAAACUAGCUUUCAGAUUGUCUCCUUAAAUAAUGAUCAGCUCCUUAAAGGAGAUUUCAGACUGCAGCCCAUUUACACCCCAAAUGGGGGCAUUAAUUAUACAGACUGCCACAUUCCCAACAACAUGAGAUACUGCAACAGCAGUGUUCCAGAUUUGGAGCACUGCCACACGUGAUAUCGAGGGUGGGGGGGCUGGGAGAUAACCAAGCGGACACUGAAACUCUUGAGAACACAUACACACACACACACAUGUGCGAACAUAGAGAUACACACAAAUUACAUUUGAUAAAUGUUACACAGAUGCAUUUGUGCAUUUGAAUACUCUGUAAUUUAUACGGUGUACUAUAUAAUGGGAUUUAAAAAAAAUGCUAUCUUUUCUAUUUCAAGUUAAUUGCAAACAGUUUUGUAACUCUUUGCUUUUUAAACCUUUAAAAAAAAAAGUUGCUGAAGUACUGUACAGGGUUGUACAAUGAGAACCCAAUGCCAUGGCAAAGGAAAGAGUAAUUCUUCCAUACAAUGUACAUUAACCAUUUUGCUGUCAAAGCUGUCAAAGCUGUUGAAAGAGAUUUCCUUUUUCAGAGCCACUGGUCAAGAUCCAAGUACAAAUUAGAGGGGAUUCAUUAGGACAGGAUAAUUUAAUUUUUAUUUAAAAAAAAAAGCCUAACCAAGCAAUUCCAUGAUAUUUUUGCACUUCCCAAUGUUUUGUUUUUUGUUUUUGUUUUUUUGGAAGGGGGGGUAUGAGGAUAGAAAUUACAAAAUAAGUAGGCAAACUGUACCAAAAUUUUGGUUUGACCUAGUGCAAGAAAUAACGGCUGAUCCCAAGGAAAGAACGUUCUUGUGAGAUAAUUUGGCCCACUUGACAAAGCCCAAGAGGAUUAAUUAAAAUUUCAAAAAGUCUGAAAACUUUGGAGGUGGCUGGGCAAUUUUUUUUUAAUCAUCAUAGUGUCCCAACCUUAUAUAAUUUGACGAAGUUGGAGACCAGAGUUAUAUUUAAUUCAAACAUGUCGAGGAGCUGAUGAUUCAGAAAGAAAAUCAACUCCUUUUAAAAGUGUUUAUGUUCAAAUUAAGUAUAAGGCUAAACCAAAUUCAACUGAAAAGUUUUCAAUACAUUGUUUUAAGAGACUAACAAAAUAGGGUAAAAAGAGAUACUGAAUUAAAUUAUUUUUGAUAAAGAAAAUUAUUUUGGGAAAUUCAAUAAGGCUGUGUCUACAUGACUGACAAACCAACUGAGGGAAAAAUAAUCAUUCAAGCUAGAUUUUUUGUUGUUGUCCUGUAGUUUAAUAUAUAUAUAUAUAUAUAU